AUGCUGCGCGCAUUGUGCUGGAGUCGGUCGCUCACCACCAUGACGCGUGUAGCACCCAGGAACCCUCUGAUAGCCAUCAUCGGCGCGACAGGGACUGGCAAAUCUCAACUGGCCGUGGAACUCGCGAAGCGGUACAAUGGCGAGAUCAUCAAUGGCGAUGCGAUGCAGCUUUACGCCGGCCUACCGAUCAUCACGAACAAAAUCACAGUGGAGGAGCAAGAGGGCAUACCACAUCAUUUGCUGGGAUGUAUAGGAUUGCACGAGCAGACGUGGGUGGUGGGCACGUUUGUGAGGAAUGCGCUCAAAGUGAUCGAGGAGAUAAGAGGACGAGGCAGGUUGCCGAUACUGGUCGGUGGAACGCAUUACUACACGCAGAGUCUGCUGUUCAAAGAUCGGCUGGCGGAGAAAGAGGAAGUUGCAGAUGAGAGGGAUUUUGUGGAGGAUACAUCGGACGAGUAUCCCAUAUUGAAAGAGUCGACGGAGGUUCUUUUGGAAGAGCUCACGAAGGUCGAUCCAGAGAUGGCAGAUCGUUGGCAUCCGAACGAUCGACGGAAGAUUCAGCGGAGCUUGGAGAUAUACCUGCAGACUGGACGGAAAGCCUCUGAGAUCUACGCUGAACAGCGGCAAGGGCGAAAGAUCGACGAGGCCGGUCAGUCUGAUGCCGGUGCUUUUGCCAUGCGAUUCGACACACUCUUAUUCUGGAUCCAUGCGGAGAAUGAUACACUGCGAGCGCGACUGGAUAAGAGAGUGGACAAGAUGCUGGAUCAAGGCCUGCUACGGGAGGUCGAGACACUCAAUGCCUUCGCCAAUGCACAAGCUGCUCAGGGAACUCCCGUCGACGAGACAAGAGGCAUUUGGGUCAGCAUAGGGCACAAGGAAUUCAAAACGUAUUCUGCCGCGUUGGCCGCAGGCAUGGAGGAUGAGAAGCAACUCCAGAAGCUGAAGGCCGAGGGCUUGGAACGGACAAAGAUCGCGACCCGGCAGUACUCCAAACGGCAGGUGCGAUGGAUCAAGAUUAAAUUGAUCGAUGCGCUUGCAGAGGCGGGCUCGAGCGACAGUCUCUACCUCCUCGACGGUACAGAGGUUGACAAAUUUGACGAAAACGUGAGCAGACCUGCAACAGAUCUCACAAAGCGGUUUCUUGAGGCAGGAAGCAUGCCAGAACCAAGUUCACUCUCUUCUGCCGCCGCGGAACUCCUUGGCGUCCAGCGCGACAAAGAUUGGACGGACGAUGGACAGAAGUGGACGAAGCAACACUGUGCUGCUUGCAAUGUCACUUGUGUUUUGCCGGAGCAGUGGCGGCAACACAUUCGGAGCAAGGCGCACAAAAAGCUCUGCGCGAAAGGCUCGGCCAAGAGAAGUAGUGACUGA